AUGUCUAAAGUUACUCCCCGUUGUAUUAUCGUCCGUCAUGGACAAACUGAAUGGUCAAAAUCCGGUCAAUAUACCGGAUUAACUGAUAUUCCGUUGACUCCAUAUGGUGUUGAACAGAUGAGAAGAACUGGUAAAUGCGUCUUUGGUAACAAGUUCAUUGACCCAAACCAUAUCACAUACAUUUUCACUUCUCCUCGUCAACGUGCUAGAAAGACUGUUGAUUUAAUUUUGGAAUCCCUUACUGAAGAACAACGUUCAAAGAUCAGAAUCGUAGUCGAUAACGAUCUAAGAGAAUGGGAAUAUGGUGAUUACGAGGGUCUGUUGACCCAUGAAAUUGUCAAAUUGAGAAAAUCCCGUGGUUUGGAUCAAGAAAGGCCUUGGAACAUCUGGCGUGAUGGUUGUGAAAACGGUGAAAGCACCAAGCAAAUCGGUUGUAGACUUUCCCGUGUCAUUUCCAGAAUUCAAAACCUACAUCGCCAACAACAGAAAGACGGAGUACCAAGUGAUAUCUUGGUGUUUGCACAUGGCCAUGCAUUACGUUAUUUCGCAUCCUUGUGGAUCAAACAUGGAUUAGAAGAAAAAUAUGAACCAUCAUUCGAUCCACCAAAACCUACUUAUAACGAUGAGACUGUUCCUAAUGUAACAAUGGAAAAGUACAGAUACUUGGUUGAUAAUCCAAACUUCUUGUUGGAUGCUGGUGGUAUGGGAGUUCUUUCUUAUGCACACCAUAAUAUUGACGAACCUGCUCUAGCGUUGGCCGGAACAUUUAUUGCCCCACCAGAGGAAGAAUCUCAACAUGAACCGGUAGUUGAAUAA